CUCUUUGAUUUAUUCCUUCUUAAAUUCUCUAUGAUUAUAGGAAUUCAACCUUAAAACGAAACGGCUGCAUUUGAAGUAAUUUUUAAGUUUCCUAAACAGGGUACUUGGCUUUCCCCACAUUUCCCACUUAGAUUGGUUUUACGAUUAUCAUAUAUAAUCGAGGGAUGAUUUUAAAGAUAGUGAUUUAUGAGCAUCUAUUGUAACAUUGUAAUUAUACGAUAUGUCAUUAGUCAGUCAAGGUGACAAGUUUGUUCUUCAUUGGUUGGACCUUUCCAGAGCCCAUAGAAUAUUAUGGCUUUUAGAGAUUCUUGAACUAAAUUAUGAAGUAAAAGUGUAUAUACGUGAGCCAGUGACCUGGCGGUCUCCACCUGAAUUACAUGCUGUUCACCAUUCGGGGAAAGUUCCUGUUCUUGAAAUAUUCCAUGCAGAUGGACUGCCCCCACUUAAAUUGGUAGAAAGUGGAUACAUUAUACUGUAUCUUUUAAGACAUUAUGAUGUUCAUAAUCUUCUUAAUCCAACAGAACCUGCAUUACAAGAAAAAGUUGAUUACUACUUACAUUAUUCAGAGGGAACUUUACAACAUAUCUUAGUUUCAAUACUUGUGAAUUCAGUUGCAAAAUCUAUAGCACCACUUGGUACGAAAACAAUUGCUAAAUAUGUCACCAAGGCAAUUAAUAAUGGGUUUUAUGUACAAGAGUGGAAACUUAAUAUGGAAUAUCUUGAAAAUCAAUUAAAGAAGGAAGGUACUGGGUUCUUUGUUGGUAAUAGACUCUCUGGAGCUGAUAUCAUAUUAAGUUUCCCAAUUUAUGAAAAUAUUUUUGAUAAUGAAGAGGAGGUGCAUAGGUUUACUGGUACAAAGAUAAAUCUCUCAAGAACUUAUCCACAUUUAUAUGCGUGGAGUAGUAUGAUUCGAGAUGACCCAUUAUAUAUCAAGAUUGAUGAAAUGAUGGAUGAUAUGGUGCAAGAGAAAUUAGAGAAAAAAAGUAGGCGGGGCAAGAAAUGGUAA